UCCUUUGUGACUCACUUGAGAGUGAGUGAGAGCGCCCCCAGCCACUCGCUCCCUCCCUCUGUGGGCAGGGCUGGCGUUGGGGACCAGGGUCCAGCUUUCCCGCAUGGCGGGCAGACCUUAGCCCCUGAGAUCCGCGCCACUGCCUUCAGUCCUGCAAUAGGAGACCCCGGGGCUGGGCUCGAACCCGGGCACUCUGCCAUUGUACACGAGCGCGCAGCCGCUCUGCUACGCCCAGCUGCUCCCCACACCGCGGGAGGAAAGCGCUGCUAGCUCGGUCGCGCCCCGCCCUCCGUUCUGCGGCUGGGCGGCUGGACUCCCGGGGCAGGAGGGGCCGUCGGCGCCGACGCGUCUGCCCCGGGGCGGUCUAGUUUGGGCUUGCGGGCUGGGUUUGCCAGUUCUGCACAGGGCCGCUGUACCCCAAGAGUGUGUGAGAGGCUGCGGUUCCCGCCCCGGCAGCACCCACCCCUCGGGCUCUGCGAACCUAGGGCGCGGAGAACGUAGGUGGUUCUUUUCCUAAAUACUCUGCUCAUAGCCUUCUGAUGGCCACUUCCUGCGUCGUCCGCCGGCGCGCUCGGGUAGCCCAGGGAGCCCUGCAGAGGGCAGAGCCGUGGGAUCUGGCCCUGGCGGCCUCUGUUGGUCCGUCGCCAGUCCUUUGACCGUUCUUUUGGGGUGCCGGGUGCAGCCUCAUGCCCGGGGACGGCUCUGCUGGUGUUGCUCACGUGUCACCAGACAGCCCCGCGCUGGUGCUGGGAGGUGGGCGAUGCUGUCCCUUGGUUUUGCCGGCAAGGGAACCUCCAGGCCGUUCCUGAGCGGAGCCUGGAGCCCUAGAGCCUCUGCUGUCAGCAGUGGCUUCCUGGCCAUCCCACGGCCCUGCAGCUGGGCAGCUCCGGGAGUUUUGGCCGACACAGCUGCUAUCAGUCUGCUCCCGUUUCAGCCUCAUUCUUGUGCAGGCCCCCAGAAGUCUGCAGCAAAGGAGCAGACCCAUGCCUGUACAUCCCGCGCUUCGCCCACCUGCUGGAGUUCGGGGAGAGGAACCACGAGGUGUCCAUGACAGCCCUGCGGCUGCUGCAGCGGAUGAAGAGGGACUGGAUGCACACCGGCCGGCGCCCCUCGGGCCUCUGCGGAGCAGCGCUUCUGGUCGCAGCCAGGAUGCACGACUUCCGGAGAACUGUCAAAGAGGUCAUCAGCGUGGUCAAAGUGUGCGAGUCCACCCUGCGGAAGAGGCUCACAGAAUUUGAAGACACGCCCACCAGUCAGCUGACCAUCGAUGAGUUCAUGAAGAUUGACUUGGAGGAGGAAUGCGACCCCCCCUCCUACACAGCUGGACAGAGGAAGCUGCGGAUGAAGCAGCUGGAGCAGGUCCUGUCCAGGAGACUGGAGGAAGUCGAAGGUGAAAUAUCCAGUUACCAGGAUGAAAUUGAGAUUGAGCUUGAAAACAGCCGCCCAAAGGCCAAGGGGGCCCUUGCCAACCUGGCGAAAGACGGCUCCGUGGAGGACACCACGUCCAGCUUAUUUGGCGAGGAAGACACCGAGGACGAGGAGCUGGAGGCCGCCGCCAGCCACCUGAACAAGGACUUCUACCAGGAGGUGCUCGGCGGCACUGCGGGCAGCUCGGCCGGUGCCGGGGACCCCGAGGACGGCAGCAGGCCCCCUGCCCUGGAGUCCCUGCUCGGCCCCCUGCCCACAGCAGCCAGCCUGGGCAUCUCGGACUCCAUCCGCGAGUGCAUCUCCUCCCAGAGCCGGGACCCCACCGAUGCCUCGGGGGAUGGCGAGCUGGACCUCAGUGGCAUCGAUGACCUUGAGAUCGACAGAUACAUCCUGAAUGAGUCGGAGGCCCGCGUGAAGGCCGAGCUGUGGAUGCGGGAGAACGCGGAGUACCUGCGGGAGCAGAAGGAGAAGGAGGCGAGGAUAGCAAAGGAGAAGGAACUCGGCAUCUAUAAGGAGCACAAGCCCAAGAAGUCUUGCAAGCGUCGCGAGCCCAUCCAGGCCAGCACCGCUGGGGAGGCCAUCGAGAAGAUGCUGGAGCAGAAGAAAAUCUCGAGCAAGAUCAACUACAGCGUGCUGCGGGGCCUGGACAGCCCGCCCAGGGAGGCUGUGCUGCGGGGCCUGGACAGCCCACCCAGGGAGGCCGUGCGGCCGGCCGCCGGGGGCAGCUCCAGGAAGCUGCCUCGGAGGAGAGCAGCAGCCAGCAGGAGUGGGGCUGACCCUGGGACCAGCGUGGGAAAGAGACUGAGGCCUCUGCUGUCGACACAGCCAGCUAAGAAGGCAGCCGUGCGAGAGGCCUCGCUCCCAAGUGCCCCUGCCCUCGGAGCUGAGCCCACCAGGCCGGCUGCCGUGCUGGUGGAGAGCGGGCCAGUAUCGUACCACCCCGACGAGGACGCCGAGGAGGACGACCCCGAGGAGGAGGACGGGGAGCCGUGUGUCAGCGCCCUGCAGAUGCUGGGGGGCAAUGAUUAUGGCUGUGACGGUGAUGACGACGACGGCUACUGAGGUGAUGUUGAGACCACGCAGAGUCCUGGUGGUGGACCCCUGGCGUUCUCGUCAGGGAGCAGAUGGGCCCCCGGACCACAGCUCCCAGGUGGUGGCCUGAGGCUUCCGUGAUGAGACCGGCGCUGCUUAGCCCAGCUGCACGCACUUCCGUGUGCUGACUCGGGAUUACGUUUGGAGCAAUGUGAGGAAUACGUACCCAGCGGGGGACACUGGGCCGGCCUGCAGUCGUUGACCCACCCAGGAACCCCCGAAGAUGGUCACACCGUGUCCCUGUUGUAAGGGAGCCGGGUGGCCCUGCAGCCCCAGGACCUCACACCUGGUCCUGCCGUCAGGCACGCUGGGCCCUCCUGUCCCCCUGAGGAGCACUGAGCUCGGCCCCAUGGGGCGCGGUGUGCGGAGCAGGUGCAGCCCCCAGCAGCUCCCGCACUUGCUGACCCUCAGCCAGACUCCUGGCCUCCCCUCCAGCUAGGGCCCACUUGCUGCCGGGCAGUGCUGGAACAGCACUUGUCCACCUCCAGCCUGGGCCUGGGGAGUCUGUACCCAGAAGCCCCCGCAGCUGGCAGCACUCAGUCGGUGAGAAGUGAGAAGCCAACGGCUCCCCUGCCCCAGUGUGGGCAGCCAGAGCCAAGAGCUGUGGAGCCUCCAGCCACAGAAGAAGGCCGCGCUGGGCCCUGAGCCACCCAGGCCCAGGCCUCCUUGCCAGCAGACCCAGGGACCCUCAGGAGAGCGUGUCUCUGCCCUUGGCCUUCUGGACUGGGCUCGGUUCCUUGCUGCUGCUUGGCCCCGACAGGCCAGCAUGCUGCAGAGAGUGCACUGGGCAUCCCGAGUCCUGGUGGCCAGGCCCCUUCUCAGACACCGCCUGCCCCUCUGCCUUCACCCCAGGGCCUGCCCCCUGGGGCUUCUAGAAGGCUGGUUGGAGGGGCGGAUUUAGAGGAACAGAAAGAUCCGUUACGUGAGCAGAAA